UUUAUUAUGAUCUUCCAGUUUAACAGUGUAUAAUCGUCAGUCAAUAAUAACAACCAAUAGGAAAUCAGGAACAAAAAUGAGGUUGAUAUAGGAUAUCAUCAAAUUACAAGGGUUCAAGUAAACAAUGCAGACUGAAUGUACUUGUGAGACGUAUGACUUCCACAGAUAAGUGUAAACAGUAUAAACAAAGCCUGAGCCUUGCCCUAUGUAGAAUGCUGAUUUCUGAGAACAACAACAGAGUUACAAGAAUUCAGGCAAAUUCAGAACAUGAUUGAUAACAAUUUGAAAUAACAGUUGCAGAGUGUUUAAGCAUAUAAACAAAAUCACACCAUUCCUGUAUAGAAAACCAGUAGUGAUUCCUACAGCCUAGACAAUAUAUUUUUUGGCUUCUCAGAAUCAUAAUGAAGCUGGUGUUAAAGGCACUCGUGCUGGGUUUGGUAUGUAUUGGCGUUGCCUUAGGGAGAUAUACAUGGGAUAGGGAGGAUGACGGGGAAUCACAAGGAGGCAGGCCAGAGGGUGGGAAUAGAUACCCAGAUGCGCCUGAUGGUGAAUUCAUACCAUUGGAUAGAACAGCAAAUGUGCAGGACCACUGGUGUUGUAACAUAAGGCAAGAACCAAUCGUCAAGAAUGAGAGUAUUCCUGUUGUCUUGACAACAUUCAGAAACCAAACAAAAUGGUACCGUGCAGGAUAUGAGCCAUGUGGAUCAUUCGGCUGGGGCAGGUGCACGAAAUGGAAAAGAUUAUGGAAUGAGGUUCCCAUUACAUAUAUGGGCAUCACAUACAGAGUGACCACAACUCAGCCUGACUGCCCAGCAAAUAAUCUUGUAUGUUGUCCAGGAUUUGUCAGAGUGAACAGUAACUGUAUUGAAAUUGAAGAUGCUCCACAAACUAAUAGCACAUACCAAAAAAGUUUAGAUGAUGAUCUACUGAAAAAUUUUGGAGGAGGGCGCUAGUAAAAUGCUAGUGCUAUAUACAAUGCUCGUAAAAUACUAGUGCUGAAUGCUAGUAAAAUGUACAAUAGAACCAUGGACCAUAGACAACACAAGAAUUCUCACUGUGAUAAUUAACCAUGGACAUUUCAAACAGAUGUAUCAUAUAACUUUGGGAUGGUAUCUAAUUAUUUACAGUUGCGGAAGAAUAAAGUUAUCAUUAGGGGGAUGAGGGGAAAAUGACCAUUCAUGAAGAAAAUUCACUUUUUGGAAAAUUCGGCAAUUCAACACUUUCUGAUUUAAUUAUAAUGGAUGAGGGGGGAGGUUAAACCAUAAUGAAAUUAACUUCAUUUUUUCCUAAACUGUUUAUAUUUGGACCCCCCCCUCCUUUAACAUACUGACAUUGAACUCUUCUAUGUCAACCAAAAAUAAGGCUGAGAACAAUCAAAACAAGACAUUGUGUGAAUGUGACAUUGUCUCAAUGUCAAUGUCAGAAAUAUUUUUGCAAUAAAAGAAUAUACUGAAAACCAAAACAAUAUGUCCUUGUAUUUCACAGUUGCCAGUUUUACUUCCUCUGUUCUUGGGAAAUGGGAAAUCAGUUUCAACUUCCACUUAACCCUUGCUACAAACACAUUUAAUGAUCUGUUUAUAUCUGAUAACAUCUGUGAUAUGAUACACAAUAUGGCAGCCCCGUAUUCGAAAAUCCUUUCAAAAUCAUGCAGUUUUUCACAAUUCUGGGCACUUUUCAAGUGA